GUCAGUGAUGCACUAUUCCGUGCCUCCCCCCCCCCCCCAAUACGAGGCAUGUCUUCUCCACACCACACCACUCCUUGCUUCCUCGCGUGAAUGUGCCGCGCCGUCCUCUCUGCCCAGCUGAACAGGCUCCUUCGCCGUACGUCUGGUGUUUGUCCGGCCCACCGCAGCCGCUCGGCAGCUGUGCCCUCUGCUCCUAAAGGCAGUCCUCGCCAUGACCUCCCCUUCCUGCGAUACUGCCGAAAUUCUCUAAUAAAUGGGAUUCGUGGCUGGCCCGAGGUUUCCACAGCAACUGGCCAUCCGCUUCCAUUAUUUCUCUAAUGAGGACAGCCAUACGGAUUUAACACGGUUCCGCGCUGCGCGUCUCUGAUUUUAGGGCUGCAUCUCAAGACGCGUCAAAGGUCUGCACAUGGGGGCGGGCAAGAGCAAGCCCAAGGAGCCGGGCCAGCGUUCCAUGAGCCUGGACGGCACCAUCGGCACAGGCUCAGACAGCGGGCACUUCCACCACCUGGGCCCCGCCCAGCAGACCCAAACCCCCAACAGGAGCCCUGCAGUAGGGACAGGCAGGCGGGGACAUCAAGGGCACCAGCACGCCCCAACAAACACACCUGAGCUGGCUCUGUUUGGAGGGGUGGACCACACAGGCACCAUCACCUCACCUCAGAGAGGGCCUCUGUCAGGAGGCGUCACUACAUUUGUAGCGCUGUAUGACUAUGAGUCACGGACAGCGUCUGAUCUGACCUUUAGGAAAGGCGACAGGUUGCAGAUUGUCAACAACACAGAAGGGGACUGGUGGCUCGCUCGCUCUCUGACGACAGGAGAGAGCGGAUACAUCCCAAGCAACUACGUGGCUCCUUCUGACUCCAUCCAAGCAGAAGAGUGGUAUUUUGGGAGGAUCACUCGACGCGACUCAGAGAGGCUCCUUUUGAACUUACAGAACAGACGAGGAACGUUCCUGGUGAGAGAGAGCGAGACCACGAAAGGAGCAUACUGCCUCUCAGUGCUGGAUUAUGACAACACCAAAGGUCUGAAUGUUAAACAUUACAAGAUCAGGAAGCUGGACAGCGGAGGUUUCUACAUUACCUCCCGCACCCAGUUCACCAGCCUGCAACAGCUAGUCUUCCACUACCGCAGUGAGUACAGCUGCCCUCUAAUGGUCAACUGGGAUUUAAAAUGUUGCCCUUCACCUGCUCAUUUACUUUGUUGUCUUUCAGAGCACUCUGAUGGGCUUUGCCACGCUCUGACAGAAGUAUGUCCUGUGGCCAAACCUCAGACCCAGGGCCUGGCCAGAGACGCCUGGGAGAUUCCCAGAGAGUCGCUCCGCCUCGACCUCAAACUGGGACAGGGCUGCUUUGGAGAAGUCUGGAUGGGUACGUGGAACGGUACCACACGGGUAGCCAUUAAGACCUUGAAACCCGGCACCAUGUCUCCAGAGGCUUUUCUUCAGGAAGCCCAGGUCAUGAAGAAGCUGAGGCAUGAGAAGCUGGUGCAGCUGUACGCUGUUGUGUCAGAGGAACCAAUCUACAUUGUUACUGAAUAUAUGAGCCAAGGUAGUUUACUGGACUUCCUGAAAGGGGACGCAGGAAAGAUGCUUCGUCUGCCUCAGCUGGUCGACAUGUCUGCGCAGAUUGCUGCAGGCAUGGCCUACGUGGAGAGGAUGAACUAUGUUCACAGGGACCUGCGGGCUGCGAACAUCCUGGUGGGAGACAGUCUGGUGUGUAAAGUGGCCGACUUUGGUCUGGCACGACUCAUUGAAGACAAUGAGUACACAGCGAGACAGGGAGCUAAGUUUCCGAUCAAGUGGACAGCCCCGGAGGCCGCUCUGUACGGCCGAUUCACCAUCAAAUCUGACGUCUGGUCCUUUGGUGUGCUGCUCACAGAGCUGGCAACUAAAGGCAGAGUCCCCUAUCCAGGUAUGGUCAACCGCGAGGUGCUGGACCAGGUGGAGCGCGGCUACAGGAUGCCCUGCCCGUCCGAGUGCCCCAGCUCCUUACACGAGCUCAUGCUGUCCUGCUGGAGGAAAGACCCGGAGGAGAGGCCGACGUUUGAGUACCUGCAGGGCUUCCUUGAGGACUACUUCACCUCCACAGAACCCCAGUAUCAGCCUGGGGAGAACCUAUAGAACCACACAGAACCAAACCUGGGGAGAGGGAAACCUCCACACAAAACAAUCUGCACUAACCGACCUCAGAGGAGAACCUGUGGGAGGAUCUGAGCCUGUGAAACUCACCUGGGAGGAACCUUAGUUUCUUCUGUAGAAGUAAAACCGAGAUAGAAACUGUAGAUGUUAUCAUGUGCCAUAAAGGAACUGCUACAGAAGAACCUGGAGAACCUCCUUUCUGCAAUCACUCAACUGUUUACUGACGGUUUCCCUGCAGGAGUGAGGCACCGGGCUGUGAAGUAGAACUCCUGCUAGACUUACUCUGGCUCUGAUUUGAUUUGAUGAAUUACACAUUUGCGGGUAAAUGUUUCUGAAAGGUGCAACUGCCGUGGCAGGAUACGAAUCAGGAUUAUCAGGCGAAUUGAGGGGGAAAGAAUAAACCUCCAGACGAAGAGAGAACGUCAGGAGAGGAUAUUUCAAAUCGGAUGUUUAUCGAACCCUGACGCUUUCCCUCUUCUGUCAAGUCUUCACCCUCGUCUGGUACCUUUCUCAUCCCCACAGAAGAGCACCGCCACUGUGGCUCAGGUGCCAAAGUAAAGUCUGUCCCUCCUGCUUCUCUUCCUCUAGUUUUCUUUCUCAGUAUCUCCCCCUAGUUUUUCCUCAAGUGCUGCUUCUUUAAAAGUGUCUCCGGGAAAACUCAUCUCUGGAACUCCACUUUGUAUCUUUAUUUAUGUUUACUUGGACAAUAAGCGUCCUGUAAUUGAAGGUUUUUAGUUCACCAUAUAGGUAAGGUUGUUAGAACCACUAUCAAGGUAGUGCUGAUGUAAAUGUACUCACCAGGAAGAUUCUGUAACACUGAAAAUGAAAAUGAGGCGAAUUCAAGAAAAACUUGAGGCCUUCCUCCUUUUCUCUCGCUGUAUUCAUCACAUACAGCCACCUGGACCCAACCUUGAUUAUUAAAAAUAACUUGAUGCAGGUAGUGUUUGAAUGCUUGUUCAUUUUAUUGACCUUGAUUUUAUCUGGAAAGCUGCAUUAAUCAUAAUCAGCACACUUUAUAGUGGCAGUUUUAAUGGAUAUCAGCUCAUUUCCUCAGAGGCAUAAACGGGGUAACCUACUAAGAGGCUGAUAUGACUACAAAAGUGAUCACACACUGAAGAGUGUACAAUCCUUUGUUCUGUGCCAAACAAAUCACAUUUCUUGACUGCUCUCCAUGUAUAUAAUGUUUUAUUAUCCAAGGGGCUUAAUGGGUUUUUAAGGUCUCAAACAGGCAAUUUUUUCGUUUUUAGAAAAAACUUCAUGAUUUCCCUCUAAACAGGACACAUGAUCCUGUUGCAGAUUUCAUUCACUUCACAGCUGUUGUGUCAAUAAAAAAUAUGCAACCAGGCGGCCCUAACUAAACUGUCAAACUUUGAUCAGGUAACCCUAAUAAAACUGUGUUUAUGACUUUACUACGAGAAUAGAUUUGAAGACCAGUUAGCAUGCUUGUGUGCCGUUCUUCUCUUGACCAUUAGCUGGGUUUGUAUUUAUGCUGUACUGUAUACAUCAACACAUGUAUGUUUACUUUAGUCAAGGUUCAGGAAAGGAGAGGGCAUCAUAAACAGACUUUUGUACCAUCAACAUACACUGUUUUUUUAAUAUAUAUAUAUCUCUUACCCACUGCUGCCAGUUCUCACUGUCAUACUGUACAUACUGUAGCUCUUUAGGGUCGGUUUUUGUAUCAUGUUGGCCACUUUCAAAUGGCAGGUACAGUAUUUAUGUUGGGUGUCACACAUUUCACACUGGUUUAGUUUAUGAGGUAUGAAGUUUAUGAAGUAGUCAAUGCAGCAACAGUAGAUAUAAAGUGAUAGAUUGUUACUUAUGAAUACAGUGAAACCAGUAAUACAAAUAAAUGAGCCAUGAAACGGUGAGAGAAAUGGUCUGUGCCCGAAAAAACACCAUCAAAAUAAGACCCAGUGAUGUGAAUUCAAUAACACCCAGAGACAAAAUGAAUCAUUAAUGUGGACAAAUGUGAAACCAGAAGGAAAAAGGAGUUUGGGUUGUGAUAGGACAUGAAAAAUGAGGACAAAGAUGUAAAUAGUAUCUUAAACAAAUGACUGUGACGAUCAUGUAAUUUGUUUUUUUUUUGUAGUUUUCUUUUAUUGCUCCUCCAUUUUUUUUUAAAGUGAUGCACGCCUGCUUCCAAAAUGUUUGAAUAAUAAGAUGCUUCUGUAAACAGAGCUGUAAGGAAGGCUUUCUUUUUUAAUAUUAGACUUACAAAGUAGAUUAAAUCAUAUCUGCAAAAGACAAUUUUAAUAUUGGACUUGACGUAUGAAUAUUUCCAAGAACUUCAUUGCUUUCCUCUUUCUCAAAUGAGGAAUAGCCUGUUUGUUGUGACGCACUGAGCCGCCAGUGAGUCACCAGGACAAAGUGGAAGUUUGACAGGCUCAUGACGAGUAUGAGUAACGCCAAGGUCUGAUUGGAUAUCCUGUGCCAUAUUCAAGAAGUGUCUCAGUCUUGUUUUAUUUUUUUCAUGUUAUUUUUUUAUGAAUCUAUGCAGUUCGGGUUUGGCAUUCCUGCAACUUCACGGCCAUGUGUCAAAAACAAAGAUCCUAAACUGAAGGUGUGAGCAUUUUGUAAGGACUUCUCUCGUCCUUUUGUUUUGUUUCAAAUGUAACAGGAUUGAAAUGGGUAUCGUGCCACUUUAUGUUGAUCUUUAAAUGUGCAAUAAAUUAUAUUUCAAAUGUG